ACAGCAAAGAUGGGCGACGAGAUACGUGCAAGAAGCCGUCGACAGAACGUCCAAUAAUUUGAACAGCUCUUAGUUUUCGGCUUACAUCGUGACACAAAGGUUGUUAUUUUUGAAAAAUAGUGCGUCGAGUAAAGUAGGCAUGAAAUUACGGUUUAAAAUGCUUCACGCUCGUGCCCUGAGACCGUUGCGAUUGAUAAAACGAUUUCAAAGCGGAGUAAAAACAGCGCAGGAUGUCAAACCCUUCAAGGAUAUUCCGGGGCCGAGAUCUUUCCCUGUAAUUGGAACCCUGUAUCACUAUUUGCCGUAUUUUGGAAAAUACAAUUUUGAGAAACUCCACGAGAACGGUGCGAAGAAAUUGAAGCAGUACGGUCCGCUGGUUCGUGAAGAGAUUAUACCGGGAGUUAACGUCCUCUGGGUCUUUCGCCCUGAAGAUAUAGAGGAAAUAUUUCGCAUGGAGAGUCGCGAACGAGGCUUGUAUCCGAAACGAAGGAGUCAUCUUGCACUGGAAAAAUACCGCACCGACAGACCCGCCAUUUACAAUACUGGCGGUCUUCUGCCUACUAAUGGAUCAGACUGGUGGAGGAUUCGACGGGAAUUUCAAAAGGGUUUGAGUCGGCCUCAAAACGUUCGAAGUUAUUUGCCAGAGACGGACGAGGUGAUCGGCGAAUUUAUCCAGUUCAGUACGCAGGCGGAGCAUGAAGAUUUUCUACCUGUGUUGUCGAGAUUGUACUUGGAAUUAACGUGUCUCGUGGCCUUUGACGUUAGACUGCACAGCUUUUCGCCCGAUGAAUUGCACAGUGAUUCGCGAAGUUCGAGACUAAUAGACGCGGCCAAUUCCACGAACACUACUAUCUUAAAGUUGGACAACGGGCCGCAGCUGUGGAGGUUCUUCGAUACGCCGAUGUACCGGAAAUUGUGCAAAGCCCAAAGCUUCAUGGAGGAAGUCGCUGUGGACAUGGUGAGCAGGAAAAUUGAAUCGAUGAAACAGACGAGCUCACCAACCGAGAAGCAAUCGCUGCUCGAAAUGUACCUGAGCAAUCCGAACAUCGACGAGAAAGAUGUAAUCGGAAUGGCGUGCGACAUGCUUCUUGCAGGAAUGGACACGCUGGCGAAUAGCACGUCCUUUGUGCUUUAUCAUCUGGCCAAAAAUCCCGAAGUUCAAGAGAAGCUGCACAGAGAAUCGAUCAACUUGUUGCCGACGACGGACAAACCGAUCGACGGCGAUGUGCUCAACAACGCGACUUACACCAAGGCAGUGAUCAAGGAGACAUUCAGGAUGAAUCCGAUUUCCGUUGGUGUUGGAAGGAUUCUGCAAACGGACGCAGUUCUGAACGGGUAUCACGUGCCGGAAGGUACCGUUAUCGUGACUCAGAACCAAGUGAUAUGCAGACUUGAGGAAAAUUUCAACGAUCCGAUCAAGUUCAAACCCGAACGAUGGAUUCGGGAGGGCGAAGCGUCAUCGGAUGCACCUUUCAACCCCUUUUUGGUUAUUCCGUUUGGCCACGGUCCUCGAUCAUGUAUCGCGAGACGAUUGGCAGAACAGAAUAUUCAAAUAUUCUUGCUGAGGAUCUGUCGGGACUUGAAAUUCUCGUGGGAAGGAAAACUGUUGGACUGGGUUUCGCUGCUCAUUAACGUACCCAACGUGCCAAUAAAACUGAACUUUAGCCGUAGAAAAUAAGGUUAAUUCGGUCUGGAAAAUCAGAUUUUGUAACUGAUCUUCAUCUAUUUUCGUUCGAAAUAUGAAGAAAAAAAUCUUUCGCAUAUUAUGCCAGAGCAUA